AUGUGUAUGGGCGCACGCCUUUCCCUCCUCACCUGCACACCGAACGGCACCACAAACUUUUUAAGUGCAAUAAAACGCAGAAGUCAUAACUGGCCCAAGGACCAAUGGUCGAGUGUGACCCUCAAGACCAUAGUUGUCGCAGAAGCUGACUUGCUCUUGAAAAUUUAUCAAGGCCCAUUCUUUGACGAUCCGAUUACAUACCUGAUCCUCGUAAUGGCGUCGGUUGGCCUCAGACUUUCAGCGCUGGAGCACCCGGGCAUUCAGCUGAAGCUGACUGGAGUUUAUAGCGCGCCUAAAAAGGUCGAGGACCUUAUGCGAAAGAAGAACCCGGAAAAGCUGCCCGUGAAACGUGCCAGUAGGCUCAUGUCCUCUAACAUGAAGAGUGGAAGUCCCCACCAAAGUUCUGAUGUUGUGCUUUUCCUUACCCAGUGA